AUGUACUCAUUUUUCAAAUUUCAAAAAGUUUCCUUCAUCAAACCAUGUAAGGCGGAUGACAAUGCGUGCUUGCUCUCCAGCAGCCAGGGCGCUGUACCGUACAUGGCAGCCGGUAUACCUGAGUUAGGUAUCCCACCGAGUGACCCCUUGUACAUAAACGAAGUUCGGUCUGAUGACCGUAACUUAAAACUGGGAUUCCGAAAUGUCAAAGUAGUCGGAAUUAGCAAGGCUAAAAUAAUAAGCAUCAGUCGCGAUGUUAAGGAGCAUACUAUUAAGUUAGUUAUAGAGACUCCUCUAUCCGGUACCGGUCAAUAUGAUCUUGAUGGCCACAUUCUCAUACUCCACGCGACGGGAAAUGGCGACUUUGACAUUAGCACUGAAAAAGCCAUUAUAAACAUUGUAUGCAGACUUAAAACUAUUGAAAAAGGUGGUAAGAAAUAUUGGAAGAUCACUGGUUAUGAUUACAACUACGAUUUAGUGAAAAAAGUUUACAUUAAACUUCACAAUCUCUUUGGAGGCGACGAGAAAAAAGCUAAACCUUUCCACGAACUUCUUGACCGUAGCUGGAAGGAAAUUGUAUAUGAAAUUGGUGGCCCUAUGCUCAAGGACAUGGCAGCACAAUUCCUCGAACAUGUUAAGAAAUUUUUACUAGUUGUCCCGGUCAACGAAAUUGAAAUUGUU